CAAGCGGGAUUAGCGACGUCCUACGGUAACACUUUCGGUUGUCUUUCUCUACUACGUUUUUUUUCCUAACCAUCCAAGCUCAAAGGCUAUCAAUCCGGUGGAGUCAACCAUUGAUCGAGAGCCUCUCCAGGGAUUAAGCAGCGGUUCAUUCCCCUCCAUUGAUCAGUCAAGUGUCCCAUAGACCUAGAAACACUCACAGACUUAAAGAAAAGCAGCAGGAUGGACAGAGCAGAGCUCAUCCAGAAGGCGAAGCUGGCCGAGCAGGCCGAGCGCUAUGAUGAUAUGGCGACCUGUAUGAAGUCGGUGACCGAAGCUGGGUCUGAGUUGUCUAAUGAGGAGAGAAAUCUGCUAUCUGUCGCCUAUAAGAAUGUGGUGGGCGCCCGGAGGUCUGCCUGGAGGGUCAUCUCCAGCAUCGAGCAGAAGACCGAAGGAAACGACAAGAAACUGCACAUGGUGAAGGAAUACCGGGGGAAAGUGGAGUCUGAACUGCAGGAUAUCUGUAACGAUGUGUUGGAGCUGCUGAACAAAUAUUUAAUCCAGAAUUCCACAAAUCCUGAGAGCAAAGUCUUCUACUUGAAGAUGAAGGGUGACUACUACAGAUACCUUGCUGAAGUCGCUUCAGGAGACGACAAGAAAACAACCAUAGAGAACUCUCAGGAUGCUUAUGAGAAAGCAUUAGAAAUAAGCAAGACAGAGAUGCAGCCCACACACCCCAUACGUCUGGGUCUGGCCCUCAACUUUUCUGUCUUUUUCUACGAGAUCCUUAACUCUCCAGAAAAGGCCUGCGCCCUUGCUAAACAGGCAUUUGAUGAGGCCAUAGCAGAGCUUGACACGCUGAAUGAAGAGUCUUACAAAGACAGCACUCUUAUCAUGCAGCUGCUGAGAGACAACCUCACAUUAUGGACAUCUGACAACGCACCAGAUGAGGGAGAAGGAGGCGAGGGAGGAGAGAACUAGACCUCACGCUCCUUCAACAAAGAAAAUGACCUUUUUACACAUCUCCAUUCCUUAUCACUCCAUGCCAGAAUUCCUCCAGUAAAGAUCAAACCCAUGAUUAAUGAAGAGCUGUUCAUG